UAAAAUUCAAAUUUUUGAGCAAACCAACGAGAUACCAAACAAAAUAGGAAAAAUGAAAUCAACAACCACAAAGCGUCAACUCUCGUCAUCCACACCUAAUACAACUACAAUGAGUUUCCGACACGAAAGCAAAACAAUGAAGACAUUGAAUCUUCUCCGCGGCGAACAACAGCCGUACGAAGUAACUCCCACCAACUCUGAAGACGAAGACGAUGAUUCUACCGAUCAAAGCAAUCGUGAUGACGAAGAAUUCAAGACUUUCCACGGCAUCCAAUCCCAAAAUGAUCAUGACCAUCAUUCUGACUUGUACAGACCGCUUACACCCGAGGAAGCCGACGAGGACCAACUGGCAGAGUUUUUCACAGCUCUCGACUUCGAUAUAUCUUUUGGAGCAUUGCCUCUAACACAAGUCCAGUGCGAAACGGAUGCAACCAUCCACAACGAUUCAAAGACAUUAGAAGAACAACACACAUCGAAACGACGACGUUUGUUAAUCUCCUCGUAUUCAUGUGAAGAGGAAGGCGAUGAUGGAAGAGACUUAAAUUUACAGAGAAAACGAAGGGCCCCAAGCAUGAGUUCAAAUCAGACCCAGAAAUAUCACGAUUUUUUCUAGCCUGGCAAUACCAUCAUUUUCCUUCUAAAUCUCAAUCAGACGCUAAAACAAUUUUGUACAAAACCUUACUCUUUAAAUAGCAUGAAAAAUUACAGAGACGAUCCCGUGUCACUAACGAUAUGAAGUUAAUACGAUAAAAAAUCCUAACAAACUCCUAAUCAUUGC